GAGAAGCAAAGUGGAGAGGAACAGAGAGAAAGAGAGAGACAGUUGGAGAGAAAGAGGGGGGAAAAGACAGAAGACUGCAGCCCGGGUUUGCCAGCGGUCGUACACUCUUCCAACAUUGAUUCGAGUCCUCUUGUUUUUUUUAUCUUCUUCUCCUCCGUCCUGCUCCCCCCCCCCCCUUCUUCCGACUCUGUGUCUCUCUCUAUCCGUGAGUCGUAGUUAGCCUACAGAUCUGACCCAGUACCACCAUACUGCUGCUUUGCCAAAGCAUUUUUGUUUUGUUUUUGGCCCCCAAAAUGUUUUUCCUUUUUUGAAAGCGAACAAAGAAGCGGUUUCAUUUAACAUUUUUAAACUCAUCUCAUCGCUUUAUUUAAAUUGUAUUAAGUUUUAUUACACGCAUACAACCGUUGUUUUUGUUCUUUAAUUCACUUUUUAACUUUCCCUCCACUCUCUCUCUCUCUCUCUCUCUCUCCGGUGUUGUUGAACACCACCUGGUUUAGCAGCUCUUCUGCCACAGUACCUCCUGUGUUUCUGUGCUGGUACUACACCAUCAACACCCCCUCCUUCGCCUCUCCUUCAUUCUUGACUUUGUUUUUCUUCUUCUUGCAUUUAUUGGACAAUUUCUGCAGCUUUCCUCCGUUUUUUUCCUCCCUCCCGCCUUUCUUCUUCAUUUGUCUUGUAAUUUGUAACAUACUGUAGUUGCGGAAGUUGUUGUGUAUUGACUCAGUAAACCGGUAUCGAACUGGUAUACUGUUUUGUCUGGCGCAGUGAAUUUAUCAUGAGACAGCGAAAUGGAUGAAUUCCACCCGUUCAUCGAGGCCCUGCUGCCCCACGUCCGAGCCUUCUCCUACACAUGGUUCAACCUGCAGGCCCGCAAGCGCAAGUACUUCAAGAAGCACGAGAAGAAGAUGUCCAAGGAGGAAGAGCGCGCAGUCAAAGAUGAACUGCUGGGAGAAAAAUCCGAGAUCAAACAGAAAUGGGCGUCGAGGCUCCUUGCCAAGCUCCGCAAGGACAUCCGGCCAGAGUUCCGGGAGGACUUUGUCCUCACCAUCACCGGGAAGAAAGCCCCCUGCUGCGUCCUCUCCAACCCCGACCAGAAGGGUAAGAUCAGGAGGAUCGACUGUCUGCGCCAGGCUGACAAGGUGUGGAGGCUGGACCUGGUGAUGGUCAUCCUGUUCAAGGGCAGCCCCCUGGAGAGUACGGACGGAGAGCGUCUGGCCAAGUCGCCCCAGUGCUCCAACCACGGCCUGUGUGUCCAGCCGCAUCACAUCGGGGUCUCCGUCAAAGAGCUGGAUCUCUACCUGGCCUACUUCGUCCAGGCACCAGAAUCUGGACAAUCAGACAGCUCCAGCCAACAAGGAGACACAGACAUCAAGCCACCGCCCAAUGGGCACCUGAGUUUCCAGGACUGCUUCGUCACCUCAGGAGUGUGGAACGUGGCUGAGCUCGUCAGGGUGUCACAGACUCCUGUAGCCACAGCGUCUGGUCCUAACUUCUCCCUGGCUGACCUGGAGAGUCCUGGCUACUACAACAUCAACCAGGUGGCUCUGGGGCGACGCUCCCUCGCAUCCCCCCCUUCCACCAGGUACAUGUCUGAGGUCGAGCUGUACGCAAACCUUCCACGGAGCUCUAACAAGAGGAAGUCGUUAGACGACAGUGAGCUGGAGAGCCCCACGGACGACGUCUUCUACCCCGGACGCUCCCCAGCCGCAGGCUCCUCCCAGUCCAGCGGCUGGCCCAACGACAUGGAUGCAGGUGGAGACCUUCAUUCCCCAUCCCCAAGCUCACACCAUGUUGACCGUCACCUGAUAAUGCAGCACCAUUUGGCCAGUGUGCAGGAGAGGAAGAUAAAACAUGAACACGAUGGAGUGCAGUUUCCUUACCAUGGACUGUCCUCGCCUGGUUCUCUUAAGAAGCCGGGGAAGUUUGAUUUCAACGCCCUGUCGCCCCAGACGAGGUCCCCCCGCAUGACGUUCACACACCACCCGCUGCCCGUGCUGGCAGGAGUGAGACCAGGGAGUCCCCGUGCCUCAGCGUCAGCUCUCCACUUCCCCUCCUCCUCCAUCAUCCAGCAGUCCAGUCCCUACUUCACUCACCCCACCAUCCGCUACCACCACCACCAGGACCCGCUCAAGGAGUUUGUCCAAUUCGUCUGCGCCGACGGCUCGGGGCAGUCCGGGGGACAGCCUAACGGAGGUGGUCACAGCCAGAGCAAAAUGCCAGGCUCCUUCCUGCUGCCCCCGCCGCCCCCAGUGGCGCGCCCCGUGCCCCUCCCCAUGCCCGAUUCUAAACCAAUCAACACACCCCCCGACGGCGGCGGACUCAGCUCGCCCGCAUCUCCGUCAUACUCCACGGCAGGCUCCACAGCUCCCAACAGGUUUGUCAGCAUCGGAGCACGGGACAACUUUCUGAACAUCCCCCAGCAGUCUCAGUCUUGGUUCCUCUGACAAGGCCUCCGACUCAACCGCUAGAAUUGUGUCAUGAGAAAAUUGGGAAUGGAAAAACAACACAACACACAAAACAAACCAACACUGACUACAAACAAACUGCUGACACUAAAGUAUUUUUGCUCAACAACCAACAACACAAAAACAGAAAAUAACCCCCCAGAAGAAUACCCAUUUCCACGAUUUGAACAUUUGAACCGGAACAACCAUCUCCUUAUACAGAAGGCUGAAAAGAGAUCGGUUGAAGUGGACAGACUCAGAACGAACGACAGAACGAGGAAGAAGAGGAGGAAGAAAGAUGAGGAAAUGUCACACACAAAACAUGUCAGAAAGCAAACAAAAAUAUGCAACCUGACAACUAACUGACCAAUUUCGUUUUAUUGUUGUUUUUAUAUUUUAUUUUCACAAUGAAACUCCAUGCAAUGGCUGGGAGAUCCACCCACACACAACAGUGUAAAACACAUAGUUGGCAGAAUUUGGUCAUUUGAGCUAUAGCUAUAAACAUUGUCACCGCCCAAAAGAACCCAUUCUGUAAUCCUUUAGUCUCUCCUCCUGACGGUGCUUUACGUCCCUGCUCCCUCUCUCAUCUGUCAACCAGGUGUCCAGGGUUGCCCCGGCAACGCCCACAGCCUCACACAACCACAUCCGACUGGCCUCACUGCCGCUUAAUGUACUCAGCCCUGAAUCCCCUCCCUCCUCCCUUCUUCUGAUUGGCCAAACACUGGGAGACCAUCCAAUGGUGUGAUACCAUCUGCACUAGAUGGCUGGUUUUAGCUUACCCUCUUGUGAAGAGCGAUAGCCAAUAGCAUGAGCCGAGAGCGAACACAAAACAGUCAGUCAGUCAGACAUGAGACAGUCAGACAUAACAGACAGAAAGUCAGUCAGUCAGACAGACAUAACAGAGAGACAGACAGACAUAAGAGACAGACAUAACAGACAGUCAGACAGACAGACAGACAGACAGUCAUACAACACUAUGCCCUCUUUCGUCCCCUCACCUAUGCACUACUGAAACAAAUAAGGGAGGAAACAGAGCGAUCCAGCAGGUCGCUGAAGGCAGUGUGUGUGUGUGGGCAAUGGGCUGUGGCUCUGGCAUCCUGGCACUCACACAUACACGCACUCAUGCAGACUCAAAGUACGUACACACACACACACACAGAUCAUUGUCUCCAGAACCCACACGUCUGGCAGACACAACUGAUUCACUGACAAUACCAUUUUGUCUGUGUGUCCUUCACAGUAACAUAAUACAUGCAUAGGAUCAACAUCAUCAUGUAAUAACUAGCUUUCUUUUGGUUUGUAGCCGUUUUCUUGCAUUUCAUUUUGUUUGCCGGAUUGGUUUUGGUUUUGUCUCACUUGGAUUCUUUUGCUUAUGUUUGACCUUCUUCCCUAAGAUCUUUUUCUUUCAUCCGCUUUUUAUUUUGCAGAAAAAAUAUCAUCUUCGUUUGCAAUAACAGGCAUCUCUGAAAUCUCUCACAAACACCAGUACAGGAACUUGCGACAACCCCUGCCCUGCUUCACCCUGUAACCACAGUCCAUUCACAGUAGCGCCCGGAGGAACACACGCGGACACACCACCGUAUCAAAAUGCACACUACUAACACCGUCACCCUGAUUCCAAACACAAAGGUGAGCCUUUAUAUACGAGUUUCUCCAAACUGCCUUUGAUAAUGGUUUUUCAUUCAUUUUGACAUUUGUCAUUUUUAAUUUGAGAUACCUUGUUUUUUUCUAUUGUAAAUGUGAUUUAUUAAAUUGUUAUUGAUAUUGUACUUUUUUUUUUUUUAUCAUGACACAAUAAUUCAAACAAAAAAAAGCCAAACCUCACAAAAUAACUGGACUGCCUAGCUGUUGGUUUCUUCCAUGUGCAGGGAUAGAAUUGUCUGACAGCCCAGGCACUCUGAGUUUAUAGUAAAAUUAGCUCUAUGUACUCAAAUCAUAUAUCACAACUAUAACAAUCUAUGGAAGUGCCUCUGUACUCCCCUAUCAUGCAAUUAGUUCAAAUUCAGGUUGAUGUUUUUGUUCACAUAUAUGCUAAAGCUACAAAGAAUGGUGAUGUUUCUUCCUAUAUGGAAACCAUUGGCUAUAGGACAGAAUCUUUGUAGAAGACUGCAAAAUUUUAUAAAGAGAGAGAGAGAGAUCUUAAACAUAUAUAUUUAUGGUAUAUGCUCCUUUUUUAAACUUGACUAAAAUGAGCUUGUUGGCAGUUUAGUUAUUUUCUGAACUCUUGAGCUAGCAGAAUUCCAUGAUGGACAGCACCUCACUGUCACCAUGACAAUUCAAUGAGCACCCACCCAACCUCCACAAAUCUACAGUGCAACAUUCAAAAAAAACGAAACAAAAAUGUCCAUGAUGCAAAAUAGAUGAAACAUGUCAAAAUCGACAAUGGAAAAAUUGAAGAAAAAAAGUGUUUGUUUUUUGAUGGAAAGUAUUAUUAUUGAAAAAUAUGUGUCGAUUGAGCCACGUGCAAUGCAUUGGGUAGAUUCAUUGUGUUUUGUCUGUUAGAGAUUUUUAAGAAAGCUAAGAAGAAAAGAGAAAAAAAAUCUAUUUGUUUCAAGUCCGAUGUGCUCCUGGACUCUAAACUAACAGAGCCAUAUCCUAGUCUUUGUAAGUUGGGGGUAUUUGUUUUUAUUUUCCUUUAUUGUCUCUUUUUUAAUGUUUAACGUGUAAUCAUUUGUUUAGAAAAAAUGUUUGGAGGGGCUGAAGGAAGAAACAUUUCUUACAAAACGUUUAAAAACAAAUUGAACAUGGAAUGAAAAACCGGUGAAAUGAAAAAACGCCACUUUUACACACUAUAAAGUACAUUCAAACUAUUACAAAAUGAAUGAUAAUGAACAAAAUAAUGACUACCUUUAGGAAACCUCAUUUAUUACUCCUCUUCUCUAUUUCUAUUCCUUCUCCUGUUUUAAUAUUGAGUGGAGGGAGGGGUUCCUAUUCCUUCUCCUGUUUUAAUAUUGAGUGGAGGGAGGGGUUCCUAUUCCUUCUCCUGUUUUAAUAUUGAGUGGAGGGAGGGGUUCCUAUUCCUUCCUAUAUUCCUCUAGUAGGUUGUGAAACAAAAGGCAUUUUGGUUCAACCUUUAGAUAGGACGAGAGCUGUACUGUAGGCUUAUCAAUGCCCACAACUACUUCUUCUGAUUUCUCCCAGAUUAUUAUACUCCUCUCUCUGAGUCUGAGCAAGGGAAAAAAAACAGGAAAAUGGCAGCUUAGAAUUUGUUUCAUUUGAGGAGCCAGCCAGUCUGUCAGAACCAUGACGUAACGAUAGAAAUACAGUAGGCCUAUGCAAAGUGAGCUUCCCUCCACCCCUUCCUUCUCCACCCUCUCCCUCAUUCCCCUGUAAAUUCACCUUGACUAGUGCUUGUGCUGUAGUGUAGUUUCCCAGCAGUUAAAGGUUGUCCCUUAAAAGUGCCUUUUGUUCACAGACUCCAUUUUGUAAUCCAGAUCGCUCUCCUUUCAUUCGAAAUAAUUCAAGGUAGAGGUGGAAGUGCCCCUAAGUGCAGAUCUAGGAUCAGUUUACUGUAUAUCCUGACCUGAACCAUUAGGAGGGGAUAUGCAAAACUGAUCUUAGAUCAGUGCUUAGUGAGCAACUUCAUCCGACCUCAACCUUUGAAAAAUGAUCCCCCUCCAUUGUAUCAACCUUCCCAUAAAUCCUUUCCCUUUUCAAAAUCCGUAUAUAUAUAGUACAAAAGGAAACUGGUGUGAAUUAGUUAUUUACUUUUUAUUGAUAAAUGAUGAAAAAAAAAUACUGAAAAGGCAAAAAAAACUUGUUCUCGUUCCCCCUUGCUCUCUGGCUUUUUUCUUCUUCCCUCCGUCUCCUCCUCUCCUCUCCUCUCCUCUCCUCUGUCUAUCUGUUCUCUCGUAGACACCGGAGUAGUCUGUAACUGUGUCCUCUCUCUCUCCUUCCCCCUCCCUCCCUUCCUUCCUUCCGUUGAUGGAAGGGGUUGUUGAAAAAAAAAUGGCCGAAACUUUUUGUCUUGAGCAGAAUGCAGUUAGCUCACGUUAUUCUUGUCUGUAUUGCCUCUUCUUCACAUUGUAUACCAUUGCCCAUCCUCUUCAGCUUCUCCAUUCAAACAGCUAAUGUAAGUGAACAAAUUACACCAAUGGGCUUUUGGGGGUGCGCCUGCCCAGUGUAGGGUAGGACUGGGUGUUAGGGGUUAUGGGGGUAAAGGUCUUAGGGGGUCAAUAAUGUUGGGGUAAAGGAGAAAUUAUAGGGGUACCUUUUGGGUGUUGGGGGGGGCUGCUCUUCUGCUGUGACAAGUUAAGAGUUUUUAUUUUAUUUAUUUUGUUUUAUUUUAUUCCUUUAUUUUUUAUUUUUGACUUAAUUUGGAUUUUUGCUUUCAUAGUUCCUAACUAUCAGGGUAUGCCGUCAUUGAAACUCUAUAAGAGAGUCUUGGACUGUAAAUGAAAUGCUACAAGCACCUUAUAACUACUGGCUGAGAAAAGGGGGUUUGCAAUACUACCAGCACACACACACACCUAGUCAUGUAUCAAAUACUCUAAACUCUUGUAUUAUUAUUGUGAGGUUUUAUCUAGUGAAGCCAGGAGCAGUAUUAGCCAUUGGCAAAACACACACCACAACCCACCAUAUAGAGCCAGCAUGAACCAGGCUUGAGGCAUACUCUCAAGUGAAACGUAGAGAUAUCAGUUUGAAUGCCAGGCUCUAAAAACUUCAGUUUUUAGAUUAUUUUUUAUUUUUUUCGUGGUGUCUAGACAGUACGCCCUUUGACCCCCGACCCUACGCCCUCAGAGCAGAAGAGCCCCACUCAUGCCUGUAGCUCUGUUUGAAAUGGCACCCUAUUCCCUACAUAGUGCACUACUUUUUCACUAUUCCCAUAGGGCCCUGUUCAAAAGUAGUGCACUAUGUAGGGAAUAGGGUGCCAUUUUAAAUGUAUCCCAUGUCUUUGUGUAUAAGAAACACCCCCAGAGCUCUAUAGGUGAAAUGCAUGUGUUAAUUACAGUUUCUUUUCCAUAAGAAGAAAAACACAGUUUGAGCAGAGCAGCACCUUGAUUGAAUAAAAGGAUGUUCUUGACUGUA